UGCAGGAGAGAAGCCCAACUGUCUCGUCACUCGCCAUAGUGGCAAGCUUCCACUCUUUUCUCAAGUCUAUAUUUAUGUCUCUGCAAUGCUUCUUUUCCGUUUCGAUCACUCCUCUCCUCACUUCCUCUAGAUUCUCUUUGGAUCCGCAGUGUCCCGUCUCCCCAAAUCUGCUGGAGUUUGAGUAAAAAAGAGGAGAAAAAACCCUAGGCCUAUAACUAUUGCGAGCGACAGAAAACUUAUUCAAUUUUGCUUUUUGCUUGAAUUAUUUGGGGAUUCUGCGUCAGAAGGAACAUUUUGUAGUUCUUUACUGGAAUUUGAACUGGGAUUUUUGGGUUGGGCGUAUAUAAUAGUUGAAUUCGAAAAUUUUGUGCUUCCUGUUCUGAGUGAUUAUGGAAGGCUUGUCGUCGCAUCCCAUACCUCGAACAGUAGAGGAGGUUUUUAGCGACUUUAAGGGCAGAAGAGCUGGAAUGAUUAAGGCCCUUACUACGGAUGUCGAAAAGUUCUACCAGCAGUGCGACCCUGAGAAGGAGAACUUGUGUCUAUAUGGAUUUCCUAAUGAAACAUGGCAAGUGAAUUUGCCAGUUGAGGAAGUGCCUCCUGAACUUCCUGAGCCAGCUUUAGGUAUAAACUUUGCUAGGGAUGGGAUGCAAGAGAAGGACUGGUUAUCACUUGUUGCAGUUCACAGUGACUCAUGGCUGCUUGCUGUUGCUUUCUAUUUUGGUGCUCGAUUUGGCUUUGGUAAGAAUGAGAGGAAAAGGCUUUUUCAAAUGAUAAAUGAUCUCCCAACGAUAUUUGAAGUUGUGACAGGAAGUGCCAAGCAAUCAAAGGAUCAUUCAGCUGCUCAUAGCAAUGGUAGCAAAAGCAAAUCAAGUGGGAAGUCUCGCCAAUCUGAGUCACAGGCCAAGGUAGUGAAGAUGUCACCACCACCCAAAGAAGACGAUGAGAGUGGAGAAGAAGAUGAAGAUGACGAACAAGGUGCAACGUGUGGGGCAUGUGGCGAUAACUAUGCAAAUGAUGAAUUCUGGAUCUGUUGUGACGUGUGUGAGAGAUGGUUCCAUGGAAAAUGUGUCAAGAUUACUCCUGCUAAGGCUGAGCACAUUAAGCAGUACAAGUGCCCAAGCUGUAGCAACAAAAGGGCUAGAGUCUAGAAGCUCUCAAUCACUGAUUGAACAAAACAGACAAGGUUCAGAAUGUUUGAUAACAAAUUUAUCUAGAUGUGAACUUUAAUGAUUUUGCAGACAGAAUGUCAAGUUUUGCUAAUGUUAAUUUCUAAAUCCUACUUCGUCUAAUCUUUUUGAGAAUUGUCUGUUGAAGUAAAACUUGCCUACAAAGAUGUUGUCAUCAAUAUAUUCUGUAGUGCUGAUGAUCAGCCUAAUUAGCA